AGUUACUUCCCUUUCGAAAUGCUGUUGUGAUUGUUGUGAUGAGUGAAGCUGAAAUGAUAGUUUAGUAAUGCAUACAUUGUCAUGUAGAGUAGAUCUAGAUCUAGUUAGUUAUCUGAUUCGUUCUCUUCCUGUGAAAUAUAUUUAGCUUAGGUUAGCAUUUGUCUUGUUUUCUUGCUGGAGGAAGCUGCAUGAAGUUCCUUGUUUGAGACCAGUCAAGUGAGAUGGAGAUAUUCUUGAACCUGUCUUGUGACUUACUUUACUUUAGACUUUAGGUAGCUCUAUUAAAUUACUGAACUAUUAGCUAGGAGUCACAUAGGUCUAGAAUCUACUGUGAACCUUGGACUUAUUUUAGAAAUUCUGACCGUGAAGUUGCCCAUGACACUGGUGGUCAUCUCUGUACUACUGAUUUAUUACUAAUUCUUAAAGUUAAAGUGAAAAGUUUCAGUUUUGGGUGUACCUUCUUUGUUUCUGUACACAGCAGAGAGACUCCUGACUCAGAAGAAGUAGGCCUAUUCUCGGUAAUCUCAGCGUAGAUCUACUGCUACUACUACUCGUAUUAAUACUAUAGCCCCACUGUGCUGCUGUAUACAGCAGGCUACGCUAAAUUAAAUUUCGUUGUGAGGUUGUCAUUGUGCAGUCUAGAUUCUAGUACAACAAGUCAACAAGUCUAGAUCUAGAUCAAGAUCAGCUACUCCUCCCUAACUAGUGGACUAGACUCUCUCUACUAGGGGCAGUCAGUCUUUGAUUUCUUUUUUAUUUAAAAAUCGAAUCUGAAGAUAAAAUUUGUUUGUUGAUUGUGUGAGAGAGAACCCAAUAGUAGGGACAAAUAAAGCAAGGGAGAUCUGACUGACACUGAUUCACUCUCAAGGAACCCACACAAAUUAUAUCAGGGGUACAGCUCCUGGUCAGACAGUGGUCGUCAUGUCUAGUGAUGUCCCCUUCUCCAAGGCCUUUUGGAUCUCUGGCGCCGUCGCCAUGGGUACAGGACUGGCUUACCUGUUGUAUCAACACUAUACCUUACUGCGGAAGCAACAAAAUUUAUCCAUUCAGAACGCUAUCCUCUCUGAAAAAUUAAUCAGGCUGGAAAGCGAUGUGAGGCGUUUGAGAGAAACUCUUCUGGUAGCUUCUUCCUCCUCAGAGGAUAUUGAAGAGAUUUUCGUGGAUGCUUCAGAUGUUGCAAGUGAUGACAGGGACACUGUGUCCCACCCAGCCCAUACUGGCACUGACAGGACUGUUACUAAAGUAGCCUCUGAAGAGGAUGUUCAAGAUGUCCUUGCAAGAGUGGAAAACAAAAUGAAUAUUGGAGGCAUUGAAAAUUUUCGGACUUCGUAUGAAACCAUUUCCCUCUUGGCUGACAAGCAUCCGGAGGACUGUGAGCUCCAAUGGAAAUUGGCAAAAAGUGGGUUUCUGUUGGCGACCGAAGAACUAUUUGUAAACCCAGAGAGUACCCGAGAGUCGCAGCGGCCCAUCAUGGAAAAGUCACGGGAAGCUGCUCAGAUCGCUCUAAAGCUGAACCCACAAUGUGGGGAGGCACAUAAGUGGAUGGCAAUUAUAAUUGGUAGUGCUACUCAAUUUUUACCGGCCCAAGAACAGAUAAAAAGUGCUUACUUGAUAAGGGAACACAUAACUGCAGCAAUCCGAUACAUGCCCAAUGAUUCCCUGGUCCAUCACAUGAUGGGUCGUUGGUGCUAUUCUGUUUAUAUGUUGUCAUGGGUAGAACGAAAAGUAGCAGCUGCUUUGUUUGCCGAGCCCCCAACGGCGACUGUUGACGAUGCUUUGAAAUAUUUUUCGAAGGCGGAUGAAUUGAACCCCAAUAGUUCGGUGGAUAAUGCUCUGUAUCUUGCAAAGUGCUAUAUUGCAAAAAGGAACUACAAGUCUGCAGCUAAAUGGCUUCAAGAAGGUGACAUGAUGACAGCAUCCUGUCGAGAUGAUCGAAAGUCCCUAGAAGAAAUCCGGGAGCUGUUACCAAAGUACAUUUCGUACUUGUGAGGGGGGAGCCUGUGACUGCCCUCACCAUUGUGCUGCUGUUUGCUGAUGCCACGUGGGUGUUGGACUCGACUUCUUGCUGACCUGGUUUCUUCGCCUGGAUGUUUUUCUAGAACGGGAAGGGAAAGAGAUGAAAUAUUUAAUGUGCCAUGAAUGGAAAACAAAAGUUGUUGGUUCAUGUGCAGAUUUUGUUCAAUGGUUCUUCCAGAAUGUUUGUGUCAAUCAGAAUUUUUAUAUUUCAACGUAUUCUACAAAGAAAUUUUUCAUGACUUGGAUUUAGAUGUUUUGUGCAUUUGCGUGGUUUUCUGAUGAUGUUCUUAUAACGUCUGCAUUUAGGGAAGUUUUAAUCAAAAUGAUCAAAUCUUUGUCUUCAGUGCAUACUUCUGCUUUUAUGUUGAUGAAAGGUUCAACAUGUGCGUCAAAGGUGUAGACUUGUCUGAGGUCUUUUUGAGUAUGGUUUAUUUUAAAGAGGUUCUAUUGCUUCCUAGCUUGUAAGACUGGAAACCUAAUGUUUCUUCUGUUGUUGUGGUGCUCAGAUAACCCACACUUUGUAAUGAAGGAUUUUUUGACAUUUUAAAGAAACUAGUGAACUGUUUAUAUCAAACCCUGGGAAAGUCAGGCGGAAAAUACACAACCUUUAAAGGAGAUACAACGUGUAAAACAUGGAACAUACACUUUUUAUGAAUUUGAAAUUGUGUUGUUUUUUAAAUCAGUUUUUCUGUCUGAUUAUUAUAAGAAUUGUCCUUAGAUUUACUGAAAAUGUUUGUAAAUGUUCUGUAUGGUCUUUUGAAGUUCUUGACCCAAGAAAUCAGUGAAAAUAUGUCUUCUUGGUCCCCAAACUCACAGAACAACAUACACACACUGUGGCAGGUAUGGUUUAAAACUUUCAUUUCCCUAUUUUCCAAUUCCAUAGAUUAUAUCACUUCUGUGACAAAACUGACCUUAAAUGUCCUGGAAAUAAUCCCCCCCCCCUCCCCAAUUUGGCAUGGAAUGUCUUUUUACAGUUUUGAAAUAGGAUAGCUCAGCAUAUCAUGGUGGUAAUUUUUUUUUUUUUUUCAUGGUUUGUUCAGAGCAUCGUGAUAUUUUGUUUAUCCUUAAAUUAAAAUAUGAUAGUUCUUAUGCUCAGGACAGCUGUAGGACAAUAAGUUAUGUGUUACAAUAACCAUAUUAAAGCCAUUUUUUCUAAUGCUUUGAUGGUUUGUGAUAUGAGAAAUCGGUGCCAUGCGACUUUCCCACCUGUGAGCUCGGAUUUUUUAAACAUUUGCACUUAGAUGGAUUGAAGGUUUGCUUUGAAGUAUUGGAGACUGCUAUAAUUGUUUUCAGUAUCUUUUGGUUGUUAUUUUUGCUUUAGUACAUUUGUACUAUGACGGAUUGAAGGUUUGCAUUGAAAUAUUGGAGACUGCCAUCAUUGUUUUUAGUAUCUUGUGGUCUAAAUUGAGAGACAAGUUCAAAGUUCUGGGACUGCCGCUUUGCCACUUACAUGUGGUAGUAUAUUGUAGGUUGUAUUGCAUCGAAUCCGCUUCUUAUAAUAUGUUAUGUACACGUUAUAUGAUGGUAUGCCGAUUAGUUAUCCACAUUUUAACACUUGACAGUGAUCAUGCACAUGGUCUUUUUUCCUCUUGAUUUCUUUUUUUUUUUCGCUUUGACCAAUUUUUUAUUCUCCUGUUUUGAACCUAAAAGGAAAAUGGACAUUUUUAUGUGUAUGACUAAUUGGCAUAAAUUCUGUCUUCAUAUGUUGGAAAUGAAUCAUUCUCGCCUGUGAUAUGAUGUCAAAGUAUUAUUAUUAUACUAAGUUUUUUUUGUAUUCUGGUUAGGUAAUGACAUUCUGUUAUUGGUGAUACAUUAGGUUAGUCAAAAGGAUAUGCAAUGUCACUACAGUUAGACCUGCCUCUGCGGUGCAAUGGUAAGUCUCAUCUACUGACAUGUAUAGCAAAAGAAAACGAUUUUGAUUCCUAUUUGGAGACGAGAUAUAUAUCUGGCAUUCUGAUAAAAUGGGUACUGACAAAAUCAGUUGCUUCUUGGAUUUCAGCCUGAUGGAAAUAGAUAGAUAGGUCAAAUUUAUAUAGGUUGAGUUUUCAAAAUUUAUUAUUAGUAUGAAGUGAUAGAAAAUAUGUUAAGGUUGAAGAGAAUGGCAUUGGUUUAGAAUCCUAUAUAAAUUACCUUUGUGUUGAUUUUUGGCGGAAAUCUCCAUUCUUGGAUUGCGAGAAGUAACUCAUUUUGUCAGCAUGUUUCACAUUGUCUUUGCUUUCCUGCUAGAUGUAGUUUCAUACACUGCUCACUCUGAUCAUUUUUAGGGAGAGAGGGUAGAAGCAGUCCUUCUCCUCCUCCUCCUCCUCUAAUGGUCUAAAUAGUGUUGAGUGGGGUGCAAAACUUUGACGUUAUUUACGUUAAUUCCCACAGUUUUAGUCUUGCUGUGGGGGUUGAAACCGGUGCCCUUUGGUUUACUGUCACGUAAUAGAGCUUGUGGUGGGCUAGGUUUGUGUGAGUGGGUGGUUGGUGGGUGCUCUGAUGUGGUUUAGUCCUUCUUUCUUAUCGAACAUCUUAUGUCCUUAUCUUUCUUUUUUCUUUUUUACGUUUGUUAU